CCUGGGUAUUUAAAAGGUGAUCUUGUACUAAUUGAAAGAUUCUGCCUUCAUGACUUCAAAUUUUCCCAUGGAGAUGUUGUGAUUUUCCAGUCUCCAAGUAAUCACAAGCAAAUAUAUGUCAAACGUUUGAUAGCUUUGCCUGGUGAAUGGAUUCGUGUUGCCUCUGAUAUGUUAAAAAUCCCUGAUGGGCAUUGUUGGGUUGAGGGUGACAAUUCAUCUUCGAGUUUAGAUUCAAGAUAUUUUGGCCCAGUAAGUUAUCCUAGAACUGUUUACCUUUUUCAUGUUGCUGUAAAAUGCAAGCUAAUUUUGGAUGCAAGACAAUUGAAAUGGAAUGCUAGUUAUUGUGAAGUUGAAGACAAUAUGAUAAUUAACUUCAUUCUAUAGAUGCAUGCACAUCUUAGUUUAUGGAAAACUUAUUUUAAAACGUGGAAAAAUCCAUACUCCAUACUUUUUGUUUGGAAAAAAAAGUUGAAAAAAUAACAAUAAUUGAAUUUGCUCUACAACAUAAGAACAACUUUAGGGAUCAUAUCUAUCAAGUCUCGUGAUUAUAUGACAACAUAACAUCGUGAAGAAUUUAUUCAUAAUUAACACUUUUAUUUAGUUCAUUUAAACUCUAAACAUUAUGAAAUAGAAGUCUGAAAAGUCUCAGUAGAUUCACUCUGUUAGGCCGGCACUUGAGCCGGCUGGAC